CUCAGUCCCCGUCAGGUCGCACAGCGAACAAGCCUCUUCUGUUGGACAUGAAAGUGCAGCAAGGCUGCAACUCAUCAGACAUGGGGAUCCCGGUUACAACUGAAGAAGAAUUGCGCAGAAAUACCGUAAUAACGCCCGAGGACGUGCUUGGGCUCCAGAAGAUCACCAAGAAUUAUCUUUGUUCUCCGGAAGAAAAUGUCCACAUGAUCGACUUCACCAGGUUCAAGAUCCGUGACAUGGAAACAGGGACAGUCCUGUUUGAGAUCACCAAACCUCCAACACCAGCUGGAGGCAAAAAGCACGACCCCAACACCGGCCGUUUCGUCCGGUACCAGUUCACCCCAGCCUUCCUGCAGCUGCGGCAGGUUGGAGCCACAGUGGAGUUCACCGUGGGAGACACACCCAUCAACAACUUCCGCAUGAUUGAGAGACACUACUUCCGCGAUCAGCUGCUCAAAAGCUUUGAUUUCGAGUUCGGCUUCUGCAUGCCCAGCAGCAAGAACACAUGCGAGCACAUCUACGAGUUCCCGGCACUCUCUGAGGAAAUCAUGCGUGAGAUGAUCCUGCACCCUUAUGAGACGCAGUCUGACAGCUUCUACUUUGUGGACAACAAGCUGGUGAUGCACAACAAGGCAGACUAUUCCUACAGUGGGGGGCCAUAGGAAGACCACCCUCCACCCUUCUCUCCUCCCUGUUCUAGACAUUUGCCCGUGAUCCAUGUACCACUUCAGGACCAGAAACAGAUGAACUGAUGGACAAUUUGCUGGCAUUAAACACUCUUUUCUCACUCCUGUUAACUACAUGAAUUUCCAUUCAGGUAUUCAGCUGCCAGACCAAUAGAUUUAUCUCUUUGCAGGAACAUCUAAUUCUGUCGGUUUUAUCAUCAGUUUGCAUCAGUGUGUGUGUGAGCGAGUGUGUGGGCAGCGAACACAUGCAGUGUCUGUACAUACUGUUGAUUUCAGUCUGUAUAUGUGGGUUGAUCAUCAGGAAAACAUUGAUUAAUUUACAUUUUGUGUGUUUUUGAUAGCUAUUAAUAUAAAGAGGCAAAAGGAAACAGUGAGUGUUGUUUGUCUUGACUUAACCAGGCAAGACAGAGACACCAUGAGACAAAGAGAGAAAUGAAGUUACCCUAAAACACUUCAGUAAUGAUUAAUCCAUUCAGAUGUACAUUUCUAUAGUUUGUAUAGGAAUCUCAUUAAAUUUUACUCCUGAAGUUUCUUAAAUUUCUAGUAGCACACAUCUGAAUGACUCCUCCUACGAUCUUGGUCUUCUUCAUUUGAAUGACAAACAGAAACGUGUACUUUGUCUAUGUGAAUGUGUCAUUUGUUGUAUGUUUUCAUGUUCAUAGUACUACUACUUCAGGAGUAUUUUUUUAAAUGAAUAGCCAUUUUGAAGUGUCAGAAAUCCUACAUUAGCCAAAAGUCAGAUACCAAUUUUGAUAUCCGGUACAUUCUGUGUAGUACUGAACACUGUGUAUACUUUAAUUAUGAUAAA